AUGGCUCGUACAAAAGUUUCAGCACGAAAAAACCCUAAUCCCAGAACACCAUCACCAUCUUCCUCACCAUCCCCUUCACCAUCUCCGACACGAUCACCUUCACCACCGCCUAAACCAACACCCACUCAUUCUUCAUCCGAAAGAACGUUAUCUGAACUAAUGUCUUCCUCCCCAGAGUCAAGUCCCUCUCCUAUCACACCAACUCCUCUUUCCACCAUUCUUCCACCAUUGUAUCAAUGCGGGAUUCCCACCAUUCAUCAAACUCUACCACAUCUUAGAAAUACACUAAAAACACGCUCGAUAUCGUCAUCCUCCAAAUGUAGAUCAAUGCGUAUUCUCUCUGGUAUUGGGACUUCCAAAUCCAAAACAACUGACCAAACGAUCUACACAAUCUAUGAUGAUGAGUUUGAUUCCACACCAUUACCAAAGAUUCCUACUUCAUAA